AUGGCGCAAAACGAACCAGUGGCACUCGAGUACAGGGGUAGAAUCGCCGUUAUCACUAUUGAUAAUGAGAAGAAGCUUAAUGCUUUGACUCAGGAUGGUUAUUAUCUCAUAGCUAAAUUCAUGAGGGAAGUUGCUACCCAUGAUGAAGUUUUCAUCACGGUUUUGACAGGAAAGGCCCAUAGAGGAGCUGAUGUAUCGAUCAGUAGAGAAAAACCUGUUGGAACUGAUCUAGCUCGUCAUUGGCUGACUAGCUUCGUCGCGAAUAACCUCAACAUAACCAACGCAUUCUACACACACCCAAAAAUCCUUGUAACGGCCCUCAAUGGUCCAGCAGUCGGACUCUCAGCUGCUUUAAUCGCUUUCUCAGACUUCAUAUACUGCGCACCUCAGACCUUCCUUUUGACCCCCUUUUCUAGUUUGGGACUCGUCGCAGAAGGAGGAGCUUCGAGAGCUUUCGUCCAACGAUUAGGAAUCAGCAAAGCAAAUGAAGCCCUUAUUAUGAUUGGGUUCGUGAAUAAAAUUUUCGAUGUUGAAAAGGGAGAGACCGAGAAAUUUAAAGAAUUGGUAUUUGAAGAGAUAGAUAAUCGGUUGGGGACGCAUUUGAUCGGCGAUAGUUUGAUUAAGAUCAAGGCGUUGAUCAGAAAGCCGGAGAGAGAUUUGCUUGAUGCACAGGGUGUAGCGGAGGUGUUCGGUGGGCUGGAACGAUUUGCAGCUGGCAUACCACAAGAGGAGUUUAGAAAGAUCGCAAGUGGUGAGAAGAAGCAUAAGCUGUGA